GCAGAGGGGAAGGCGGAUGAUUUUUCGCGAUGGAUGGAAAAUCUACCUAACGAGAAGCAACUCUGUUUUCURAAAGACUUAGUAAUGCCAGGAUCUCAUGACUCAGGGACAUUUUAUCUCGAUCAGUCAUCRGAAAUCGGCCCUGACGCAUCAGCUGGCAUCCAGAAUCUUUGCAGUGUUUUUGGUCGAYUGGCGAAAUCUGUAGUCUACAGUUGGUCCAUCACUCAAUCGCUAAACAUAUACCAACAACUUAAAGCUGGUAUUCGCUACCUUGAUUUAAGAGUUGCAUUUCGCCCUCUAGAUAACGAGAUCCGCAUUGUCCAUGCACUUUACGGCUCUACAAUCUCAGAAAUUCUYGAAGAAGUWCAGAUGUUUACAAAYGAAAACCCCAAGGAAGUGGUGAUCCUAGAUUUCAAUCAUUUUUACAACAUGGACUGCGARGCACAUCAAAGACUAGCUGACACUCUCUUAGGAAUGUUUGGCGAAGUUAUGAGAAUCCCAGGRAAAGACGGUUUAAACUUCACCCUUCAAGACAUGUGGGGAAAUGACGAGAAAGUCAUAAUAUUCUACCAAAAUGAAGAAGUAGUCAAAUGCUACCCAUGUUUCUGGUCGAGCAACUCUAUUACCUCACCAUGGGCUAACGUUGAUGACCGAAAAGAUCUCCUAAAAUUCCUAGACUCAAAAUGCCUCCGAAAAGAGCAGCCACCGGAGUGCUUUCAUGUCACUCAAUGUGUUUUGACACCUCAAACGUCAACUAUUAUGCAAAAUGUCACAGGUACUUUGAAAGAUCAGUUAGCUACGCGRUGUAAUGCACACUCAACUGGCUGGCUCAAGGCGCUGUGUGGUAGCAAAGUCCAUAAGUUCAAUAUYAUCAUUGCUGAUUUUGUUGAGCAUGGAGAAUUCAUCUCWACUGUGAUAAGCAUGAAYUAUUUUUACUGAGAGGGUUUGGAUUGCUUAGAGCAUGUAAGGUCGCAGAUUGAUAGUGUGUCUUGGAUAAGACAGUGACUGUUCAAGCAAGGGCRUGUCUAGAAAAAAGUUAUUGGUUGAUAUUCKCCUAUUYAAAAUU